AAUACAAAGCAAUCUUUUUCACCAAUAAAAUCUUGACGUGCCCGCGAAAUUCAAAAUGAUAAGAUUACGUCACUGAAAAUCGAUAUUGUACGUCUGGCUGAAGUCAGUGUUUUAGUUUUUGCAUUUUACAUGAACAGUUCUUCUGUUUUCCUGCAUUAUAAUAAGAGGCAUAAUUUCCUAACGAAUUUCUGGUUACCUUGGCAAAUUGCCAGAUCUUACAGACUGUAUAUAAGUAGUUGCUUCAGUCAAAAUUUAUGUUUAGUUGGAGCAGUGUGCGGCUGAUUUUUCGGACUUCGUUGCGUUACUAUCACAAAAAUAUCAGAAACAUGAAAUUCGUAACGCUAUCACAGACUGAGGCUGUAAUGCCUACAUUAGGCUUAGGGACUUGGCAGGCAGCUCCAGAUGUAAUAGAAAGUACUGUCUAUAAAGCGCUAGAUUUGGGAUAUAGACACAUCGAUACGGCUUUUAAUUACAAUAACGAGGAAGCAAUCGGGAACGCGAUUAAGAGAUGGAUCAGCGAUGGAAAAGGGACGCGAAAAGAUUUGUUUAUUACCACCAAGCUUCCUCACGUAGGAAAUCGUGCGUCUGACGUGUUGAAGUUCUUAGACCUGCAGCUGUGUCGCCUGCAGACUGAGUACGUGGACUUGUAUCUGAUCCACGUGCCCUUCGGCUUCCAUUGCGAUCCCGAGACGCUCACGCCAGUGGUGAAGGAGAAUGGAGAGUACGACUUGGACAUGGAGACUAAUCAUAUCACUACAUGGAAAAAAAUGGAGGAAUGCCAGAAGAACGGUCUCGCUCGCAACUUAGGGCUGUCGAACUUCAACGAGAGCCAGAUAGAGAAGAUUAUGAAGGCGGCGACCUUGAAGCCGCAGGUCCUGCAGGUGGAACUUCACGCGUACUUUCAGCAGAAGGACUUGCGCAAGUUCUGCGCCGAGAACAACAUUGUGGUGACGGCAUACGCGCCGCUGGGCAGCCCUGGGGCUAAGAACCAUUUCGUCACAAAAUAUAAUUAUAGUCCCGAUGCCUUUCCCGACUUGCUUGGGCAUCCCGAAGUGGUACAAAUAGCCGAAAAACAUGGAAAAACAACAGCACAAGUACUCCUUCAUUUCCUGGUGCAGCAAAAGAUCGUUGUUAUUCCAAAGAGCACCAGCGAUAAAAGGUUAAAAGAAAACAUGCAAAUCUAUGAUUUUGAACUGUCGCCUGCUGAGAUAAACCAUCUAUCCAAACUGGACCACGGCGAGGAUGGUCGCAUUUUCAAUUUCCUGUUCUGGAAGGGAGUUGAAAGGCAUCCCGAGUAUCCAUUCAAGAUUGAUGUCCCUGAGAUCGUCAAGGAAUAAUUUCAUCGCAUGAUUUUAAACAUUCUUAGAAGUAUUUACUUACUACCUUUGAGGUAACGCAAAGCGAGACUAAAAAGUUUUCUGCGGUUUGACACGCAGACGCAAAUCAUUCAAGGUUUAGCUUUAACACAAAUGUAUCAGUGAAACUGAUUUUUGUUUUAUGAUUUGGGCGUUAAACGUUAAUGUAGUAUUAUUAUUUUACUUUGAUGAAUAAAAUUCAUAAGUUGCAUUGAGUUCCUUUUAUUUAUUAUAAAAAUACUAAAAUUAUUUAACAUUAUCUUAAUUAUUACGACACAAAAAUACAAGUCACUUGAUGUAGAACUUAUAAUCGAGAUUGGAUCAACAACUCGUUUUAUCAGUAGUAACGACACUGUCGAUAUUUUGUUGCAAAAGGUUGUUAGGAUUCAUGUUUACCAUUGCUGUAUUCGUAACAGCCCUAUACUAUCGACUUUUAUACCGGAUAACUGAUUUUGAAGGUCAAUCGAUAGUCGAAUUAUCAGCAGUAUAGCAACACUUUACUAUGGCUGUUAAAAUUAUUCUGUCUAAUGGCUUCAAUGGUGCGUAUUUGAAGCACACUGGUUUUGCUAGUGUUUAUAGAGACACGGGUAAACAGGAUUGCACCAUCUUACUUUAACUUUGACAAACGUAAAAAAUCUGUCAAACUCCAUA